UUGCGUGCCUUUGUACUCCGUUGCGUCUCCUCGUCGUCUGGAGCUUUCGAGACGCGCCCGGCCCGGAGCUCCCAGCGCAGCGGCCGCGUUUGAAAGAUGACCUCUCGGAAGAAAGUGUUGCUGAAGGUGAUCAUCUUGGGAGAUUCUGGAGUUGGUAAGACAUCACUCAUGAACCAGUACGUGAACAAGAAAUUCAGUAACCAGUACAAAGCCACAAUAGGAGCAGACUUUCUGACCAAGGAGGUGAUGGUGGAUGACAGGCUAGUUACGAUGCAGAUCUGGGACACAGCAGGACAGGAACGGUUCCAGUCUCUCGGUGUAGCCUUCUACAGAGGUGCAGACUGCUGCGUUCUGGUAUUCGACGUGACCGCCCCCAACACCUUCAAAACGCUUGAUAGCUGGAGAGAUGAGUUUCUCAUCCAGGCCAGUCCCCGGGAUCCGGAAAACUUCCCCUUUGUUGUGUUGGGAAAUAAGAUCGACCUCGAAAACAGACAAGUGGCCACAAAGAGGGCACAGGCCUGGUGCUACAGCAAAAACAACAUUCCCUACUUCGAAACCAGUGCCAAGGAGGCCAUCAACGUGGAGCAGGCCUUCCAGACGAUUGCACGGAAUGCACUUAAACAGGAAACGGAGGUGGAACUGUACAAUGAAUUUCCGGAACCCAUCAAACUGGACAAGAACGACCGGGCCAAGACCUCCGCAGAAAGCUGCAGCUGCUGAAGAGGCAGCGAGAGCAGAGCACAGAGUCUUCACAGCAAGAACACACUUAGGCCUUCAGACACAAGCCCCUCUCCUCUCCUGAACCAACAGGUCAUCUCCCACCUCCAGCUGCCAAAAGAAACCCUCCAGACAGCCACGCCCAACACAUCUCUCUCUCUCACACACAGAUCUGAUGCGAGCAGGCAAACUCCAGCCCAUGCCUGGGGCAGCUCCUAGGGGCCUGCCCGCCCACCACAUGAGCCCUCGUGUGUGGCUGCAGGACAGGCCGGCCGCACAGCGUGUUCUCACGUGGAGUCAGCAUUGGAAGCUUAUUCUUUGUGUCCACUGGAGAGAGAGAACUGUUUACAGUUAAUCUGUCCAAUUAGUUAUCUGAUUUUUUUAACGGUCUUGUGGUCUUUUUACCCUAUACCCCGCCCCCUCCUUGAAGGCUGCCCCUUGGGAAGGCUGGUGCCCCGCGCUUCGUUACAGGCUCACACCCAGUCUCAUCAGGCUGAGUUUUGUAUGUAUCUGUUAAUGCUUGUUACUUUUAACUAAUCAGAUCUUUUUACAGUAUCCAUUUAUUAUGUAAUGCUUCUUAGAAAAAAAUCUUAUAGUACAUGUUAAUAUAUGCAACCAAUUAAAAAUGUAUAAAUUAGUGUAAGAAAUUCUUGGAUUAUGUGUUAAGUCCUGUAAUGCAGGUGUGUGAGAUGGAGGGUUGAACCCUGUCUGGAUUACAGAGUGUCAGCACCUCGGGACUUGGACAUCCAAUCGUGGCAGUGUUCUGUACAGUAGAUGCACGAAUGAUGGCGCCUUUAUCAAGGACUGGAGAGCCAGAAUGCUCUUCGUCUCUCCGGGGGAAACUGUCUCGAUCCCUUCUGUGUCUAAAUUUUCUGAAAGGUUGAUUUGCCUAAUACAGUGGUGUGUGCAAUGGAUAAACAGCUGUUACUGCAAAAAUUGGAGUUUUCAUUUUCCCUUUUUUCUCGUUUCCUUUCUUGCUCCACCCUUUACAACGCCCCUGUUAUAUAAGCAUCCUGCUGCAGGAGGGAAGGGAAACCCUAACGUCUGUCCUGGUGAUUCUACCUUUGUUCUAGAAGGCGCUCCUUUCAGGGUUGUGGUGUCCUUAGGUUAGCAGACCUCUUAUGCCUCUCCUCUCCUCCCCAUCACCGUACAACUGCCCAUCAUUAAUGCACCUGUUUCUUUGGUUGGAACCUGACAGUUCUGUCCCCCUCCUAGGACCUGCCCUGCGUUGUAGCUUGCUUAACGGAGCACUUCCCCCUUUUCCAAAGGUCUACAUUCUAGGGUGUGGGCUGAGUUCUUCUGUAAAGAGAUGAACGUGAUGCCAAUAAAAUUUAACCAGAACAAGA